ACUUUUGAAAAAGCAUCUGAAACGAGGGCGAACAGGUUUGGAGAUGCUUUGUGGUGUAUGAUAGAGUUGUGGGAGAUACAAAAUGUCAGCUGGUCCUACUGUCCUCCUUUCUGAUGGGAAAUGUAAAGAGCGAUGUAAUAGUGAACAAAAUGGCGGAAGCUAUGAUCCUGUGAGGUGGAGUGAAUAUUUUAACAUACGGGAUGAUAUAGAACUCGAAGGGGGUACAUUUAGAAUCUAUCGUCGAGGUGUCGAAGGGCCUCUCCUCUUCUUCUUACAUGGUGGUGGUUUCUCAGCUUUAACAUGGGCGGUCCUAAGUACUCUUAUUACUGAUCAAGUUAAGUGUCAAUGUUUGGCAGUGGAUAUGAGGGGCCACGGUGAUACAAAGUGCCUCAAUGAUGAUGACCUAUCUAUCGACACUCUCUCAAAGGAUAUAAUAAAAAUAAUAUUUGCUAUGUAUCCAAUGGAGGCUCCGCCAAUUAUCCUUGUGGGCCACAGUAUGGGUGGAGCUGUAGCAGUACAUGUGGCAUGCAAGCGAACUAUCCCUUCUUUGGCUGGUCUUGUUGUUAUUGAUGUGGUUGAAGGAUCUGCUUUGAGCUCAUUACGUGGCAUGACAGCUUUCUUACGUGGUCGUCCUCAAAGUUUUCUUUCUUUACCUCAAGCAAUUGAGUGGAGCGUUCGCAGUUCGCAAAUACGUAAUGUAAAUUCAGCUCGCGUGUCUUUCCCUGGUCAGUUAAAGCGUAUCACAAGUGGUCAGACUGCAACAAGCGAACUAGAUUCAGGGAUCGCAGUUCUUUCUAAAACUGUUCCGUCUAUUCCUUCUGUAACUUCAACGCUAGAUGGUAGAGUCUCUUCUGUAAGUCGAUUAUCAAGUCAGCCAUUGGUUGAAGAUUCAGAAAUAGAUAACUCUAGAAGUUCAGAAAUCAAUUCUGAAAAUAAUUUAGAAGUUGAUCAAAAUUCAACAAGUCUUCCUAGCUGUCAUAAUGAUGCUGACAGUUUACAAUACAGUACAGAAAAUGUAUCGGUGGAUUCAUCUAAAUUUUCCAGUCAGUCUAUUGGAGAAUCUAUUCAUUCAAUAAGUGGUAGUACACUUCCUUCUUUUACUGACUCUUCUACUAUUUCAAAACAUUCUGGUUUGGUAACAUGUCAGUCGGAUCGUCCACAGUAUACUUGGCGAAUAGAUUUAAUUAAAACACAACCAUUUUGGCAAGGAUGGUUUUCUGGUUUAUCUAAACUAUUUUUAUCAAUACCUGAACCAAAAUUACUUCUGUUAGCUGAUGCUGAUCGAUUGGAUAAAGAUUUAACCAUUGGACAAAUGCAAGGUAAAUUUCAGGUUCAACUGUUCCCUCGUGCUGGUCAUGCCGUUCAAGAGGAUACUCCAGAUAGAGUUGCGGAAUGCCUGGCUAGAUUUCUAGUACGCAACCGAUUCACUGAAGCUCGUUCAGAUUUGUGAACAAUUAAUUAUCAUAUCAAGAUUAUUGCGGAAUUCCACUAUUCAGUUUUCAUAUAUCGUCGAAUACACUUUCUUCAUGACUGGAUGGUCGCUAAUUAGACUUCGUUUGUGUAUUUGUGUAUGUGUAUACAUAAAGCUUUAAUCAUAGUAUUUGUAUAAUUUCUUUUAUAGAAUCCUAUAUUACCUUCUCCCUCUCUCUCCUUGUAGUGCGACUAUUCAAAUUCAGUUUGUUUAUUUUCGGAAAUUACUCAAAAUGACACUGCAAAAUUUCAUGCCAAAAUUAAUUGAUUAAACAAGAAAAUAGGUAAUUAGUGCUCAUUGUUCUUUUUUUCUUGUUUACUUCUUCCCAUUAUUAGUAUCUGUUUGUGUAUAUCUACUUAUGUAUGGCGUAUAUAUAAACUUUAAUAAUGUUUUAAUGUGUGUGCACGGGUUUCAUUGUACUUCUGCUAUCAAAUUUUUUUAAACUUCAAAAAUGCAAUUGAUUAUUUUUAUUUGUUUAUGGAUAACUUCUGUUUUCUCAUUUUUCAUUUGACAUGAUGAUUCUUGUAGAUUUUCGAAAAGUGUCAUUAUAACUAACUCUUCGUUCAUUCAUGUAUAGGUGUGUAGCUUCUUCUUUCCUGUUUUUUUUCGAAAAAAAUGAAACACUCAACUUCAUUUUAUUUCUCUCUUGUUUCGGUUUUGUCUUCUCUAAUAAUUGACCAUUUUGAAGUAACAACAUCAGUGUCAUCGUAGAUUCGUAUUGAAUGUUUUGGUUUUUUCGUUUGUUGAGCGGAGAAACUAUCUUCAUGAAUGUGUACUCUAAGCUGAGGAUAAUUUUGAAUUGCAUAUAAUUAGUUAUUGUUGUUAUCAUAUUUUCUGUACAAAAUUAUCUUUUUUUCGGAGUUUUCCUUGAUUUUCGUAAAUUAGAGAUCUUCAAAGGGAAAAGUGUUCAUCAGUUUGAUAUUAACUGUUUUAUUUAUUCACUUACUAUACUUGAAGUUGUUUUUUAAAUCUUGUUAUUGUUGUCUUGUAGUUCUCUUUUAACAGAGUUGUUUGUGUUAUUUUAAAUGCUGGUGCUAAUAACUUAUAUUGUCAAGUCUAUUAUUUGUUUCUGUGUGGUAAUCAGUCACAUUAACUUUUUCUUUUUGGCUUUUCUUUCUCGUAUAUUUUAUGUUCUUACGUGUAUGUGGUUGUUGAUACGAUUCAGUGCACUUAUCUGCUUUUUUCUAUUCGAGGUUUUUACCAUUGCUAUUCUUUCUGUCUCUCUUCUGCUCUUAUCUUUUCGAUUCAUAUAUUUUUACAAAGAAUAUUUCUCGCUGACAAUCAAGAUGAAGUGUUAAUAAAACUAUAAAUGCUAGUGAUUAGCAUCUUGUAUUAUUAAAAUCCGUGUUUUUUUCUUUCUCGUGUUGGUGAUUAACAAAUAAAAUAAUGCGAUUGUUAGUUCAUUUCUGAUAAUCAAUAAUUUCAUAAUGUGUUUGGUUGCUACCGCUUUUAUUUUUUUCAUUCGAUUGUUAAAUGCGAGUUAAUGUUAUGCUUUACGAUCACCUACUCUAAUUCCUGAUUAUUAACGAUUAAGAUAUUUUCCUAAUAUAAUACACUGAAUUUAUG